AUGUUCAUUGGUUCACUGGCAACGCCCAAGAUAACUUUUCAAAUCAUCAAGGCUGACUUGGUGAAAGAGUUAUUGGAUGCGGCCCUAGCAACAGGGACACAACGCCGCGUCGAGUGGGUUAUUGGCACCUCAGAGCAGAGAAGGAGCCUCACAUCCAAACCAUUCCCUGGCAACUCAAUAGUGCCGGAGGAGCUUCACCAGCCAAACUUCCACCUCAUGAUCCCUGGGACGUACGUUGCCGAACCCCAAGGCUUAGUAUCAGGUAACGAAGCCUCAUCUGCCGCUAAUUGCAUUGUUCAAUUGGAACUCUGGGUCCACGAAUCUGUAAUGUCCUGCCGGAUCCUUGCAAGGGCAGUAUACCUUAGUGGCAGACUCUUCUGA